GCAAACAAGAUGUGGAUUGUCUGGAUCCUAGCCUUAUCCCAUCUGGGGAACUUUUCGGAUGCUCUCUAUAUGCCUAAAUUCCUAUGCGUGCCUCCAUAUGUGGCUUUUGAGGGUAGUUGCAUCAUAACCACAACCAGUAAUCCUCUGAUCCUGCCUUGUUCAGGAAACAGUUCUAUUAAACCACCGGUUACGGACAGAGAUACAAAUAGGAUAGGCACCGUGGAAAGACCCUUAACUACAAUGCCGACUAUAUCACCGGAAAAUGGGGGAAGUGUAGAUACAAAUUCAGUUACACUUCCUGUAACUCCUGAAACAACAAUAAUUACCCAGAAAUUACCAACUCAACCAGCAGAAUUGACCACAACUGGGGGUUUAUCACCUGAGGUUCCUGAGAUGACCCCUGCAUAUUCGAGUGGCCCACCAAGUCAAACGAAAACUUUUUCAACUGAGAUACCUGGUAAAAUAUCAACUAUAAGUCCCGGAAGUUUGACGAGUCCGCAAAAAUUCUUAACCCAGAGACCUGACUUAAUAGUAUCGAUUAGCCCCGAAAAUUCGAUAAGCCCACAAGAGCCACCGCAAACAUCAACCUCCGCGAGACCUGACCUAACAGUAUCUAUAAGCCCUGAAAAUUCGAUAAGCCCACAAGAGCCCCCGCAAACAUCUUCCUUCGCGGACUUGCAUCCAACAACCAUUCCUCCGAUAACUGGGGAAGUGUCGCCGAAAAUUCCUGGAAAUGCGACAACUGCCAUCACCGAGGACUUUCAUCCAACAACCAUUCCUCCGAUUCCCGGCAUUCCACCAAUUCCUGGUAUUGUUAAUCCAGGAAUACCAAAUAUACCCCCAAUCGGUAACUUACGUCCACCAGGACUUCCACCGAUUCCCGGCAUUCCACCAAUUCCUGGUAUUUUAAAUCCAGGUUUACCAAAUAUACCCCCAAUCGGUAACUUACGUCCACCAGGACUUCCACCGAUUCCCGGCAUUCCACCAAUUCCUGGUAUUUUAAAUCCAGGUUUACCAAAUAUACCCCCAAUCGGUAACUUACGUCCACCAGGACUUCCACCGAUUCCCGGCAUCCCACCAAUUCCUGAUGUUGUUAAUCCAGGAAUACCAAAUAUACCCCCAGUCGGUAACUUACGUCCACCAGGAAUUUCCCCGAGUCCCAGCAUUCCAUCAAUUCCUGGUAUUGUAAAUCCAGGAAUACCAAAUAUACCCCCAGUCGGUAACUUACGUCCACCAGGAAUUCCCCCGAUUCCCGGCAUCCCACCAAUUCCUGGUAUUGUUAGUCCAGGAAUACCAAAUAUACCCCCCGUCGGUAACUUACGUCCACCAGGAAUUCCCCCGAUUCCCGGCAUCCCACCAAUUCCUGGUAUUGUUAGUCCAGGAAUACCAAAUAUACCCCCCGUCGGUAACUUACGUCCACCAGGAAUUCCCCCGAGUCCCGGCAUUCCACCAAUUCCUGGUAUUGUUAAUCCAGGAAUACCAAAUAUACCCCCAGUCGGUAGCUUACGUCCACCAGGAAUUUCCCCGAGUCCCGGCAUUCCAUCAAUUCCUGGUAUUUUAACUCCAGGAAUACCAAAUAUACCCCCCGUCGGUAACUUACGUCCACCAGGAAUUCCCCCGAUUCCCGGCAUUCCACUAAUUCCUGGUAUUGUUAAUCCAGGAAUACCAAGGAUACCCCCAAUCGAUAACUUACGUCCACCAGGAGUUCCCCCGAUUCCCGGCAUCCCACCAAUUCCUGAUGUUGUUAAUCCAGGAAUACCAAAUAUACCCCCAAUCGGUAACUUACGUCCACCAGGAAUUUCCCCGAGUCCCAGCAUUCCAUCAAUUCCUGGUAUUGUAAAUCCAGGAAUACCAAAUAUACCCCCAGUCGGUAACUUACGUCCACCAGGAAUUCCCCCGAUUCCCGGCAUCCCACCAAUUCCUGGUAUUGUUAGUCCAGGAAUACCAAAUAUACCCCCCGUCGGUAACUUACGUCCACCAGGAAUUCCCCCGAUUCCCGGCAUUCCACUAAUUCCUGGUAUUGUUAAUCCAGGAAUACCAAGGAUACCCCCAAUCGAUAACUUACGUCCACCAGGAGUUCCCCCGAUUCCCGGCAUCCCACCAAUUCCUGAUGUUGUUAAUCCAGGAAUACCAAAUAUACCCCCAAUCGGUAACUUACGUCCACCAGGAAUUCCCCCGAUUCCCGGCAUUCCACCAAUUCCUGGUAUUGUUAGUCCAGGAGUACCAAGGAUACCCCCAAUCGAUAACUUACGUCCACCGGGAAUUCCCCCGUUACCUGGUAUAAGACAGCCGGAACUCACAAUACCAAUAAUUCCCGUUCCUGUUGGUCCGCCUCACCCUGAAUUUCCUGCGAUACCAGGCAUUCCGGAAAUUCUUGGUAUUGGUAAUCCAGAGAUACCACAGAUUCCCCCUGUCGGUAGUUUACGUCCACCACAAAUUCCUUCUAUACCUGGCAAUCCCAGAAUUCCUAAUGUUGAAAGGCCAAAGAUAACUCGUAUUCGGCCUCUAGAAGCAAAUCCUGAGAUACCAUGGAAUACCCCGCUCGGCGGGUUGAGUCCGCCAAAAACGCUUGCGAUACCUGGAACAUAUAAUCCCAGGAUCAUAGCUCCGAAUCUCCCGAAAAUGCCUCAAUUAUUAAGAACCGAAGACCUUUAUCUCAAAGAUUUAAAUGUGGAUAAUAUAAUUCCCGAAGACCUUUUUAACUAGGCCCUUACUCGUAAGGGUAAUGGGUAUUGAGUUAUUUGUGUAUAGCCAAAAACUCUGUCAGCUGAAUUGAGGGGCAGAAAAAAUAAAUACUGUUCAACCGUUUCACUUGAACAUUUACCACAUCCCUCGGUAAUAA